AUGAGGUCGAAUCACCUUGUUUCCGAAUACAAGUACCUUAAUGAAAUGGACGUACCAUACUUGCACGACUCUUCGUUGAACGUUACGGAGCACACAGUGAAAGAUGAAUUAAGAAAAAUGGCUUCGAUAUACUAUUGUGGAAAGUUCCUAAUACCCGGUUUGUCUGAAGCCCGCAAAAUGGCUAAACAGUGCAUCAAUCUAGAUGACGACGUGCAACGCAAGCAUGUUGCCAAAAUGGCGUCAAACGUUUGGAAGAGAGCUACUGAAGAGACUCGGAUAUCUCGUAAUAAUUACCUUGUUCCCGAAUACAAACACUUACUCUACGUUAAACGUUACGGAGCACACAGCGAGAGUGAGCUAGUCAAUAAUGAUACUUCUCAAAUGCAGAACUAG